AUUCACCCGGAAGUUAUUUCUGAGACUUGCUUGGGUCUUUCAGCUCUAUGCAAUUUAGCGGAGGGGGUAGUUGAUAAGCUGAACGGCGGCCCUUUUCCUCGUGGAGGAUGAAGGUGAAGGUGUUGAGCCGGAACCCGGAUGACUACGUCCGCGAGACCAAGCAGGACCUCCAACGUGUUCCACGAAAUUAUGAUCCUGCACUGCAUCCAUUUGAAGUUCCAAGGGAAUACACGAGGGCUCUAAAUGCCACAAAGUUGGACCGUGUGUUUGCGAAGCCUUUUAUUGCAUCAUUAGAUGGUCACAGGGAUGGUGUUAACUGCAUGGCUAAGCACCCACAGAGCUUGUCUACAGUUUUGUCUGGUGCAUGUGAUGGAGAGGUUAAAAUUUGGAACUUGAUGAAGCGUGAAUGCAUCCGUACAUUACAAGCACAUGAGGGCUUUGUGCGAGGAAUAUGUGCCCGCUUUUGUGGUACCUCUUUUUUCACG